AUGGUUAACUCAGCGUCCAUUAUGAAGAAGGAAAAAGUUUUUAUCAGUAUUCUGUUUUGGUUACUGAUUUGUUUCAGCUACAGCGAAGUGUCAGGGUUAUUAACAACUCCGGCUCCCAGGCCCCGCUCGACCUUCCACGGAGGGCGCAUCUUCACAUCAGCUACGACCAGAGGGAGGCCUCGCACUACUGCAGACGAUGCAGAGGCCAUUAACGAUAAUAUCGAAGAUAUCAAGUCUAUGGAAUCGGCAGCGAAUAACAAUCAUGCUAACCGGGAGAAAAUUAUGAUGAGAAGAGCUGCCAAUGAAAACGUCUUAAAGCACCGUGGUAGUGAUAAAAAACUUCCAUCAAACUUUAAGUUGAAAUCGCUCUUAAAGCAAGCCGUCAAGCGUGGACGAGAUUUUGCGGCUUCUCAGGAAGCACCUGGUACAGAUAUUCCCAAAGACGGCACCCAAGGGGAAACCAGACAGAAAUCGUUUGGUCGAGAUAAGAAGGAAUCACACCUACCAGAUGAUUAUCCUAAGACAGAUGGUAACAAACACAAACCGCGAGGCACAUCUACCCUACAAGACACGAAGAAAAACAUCAAGCCCACAAAUAUGGCAUCUGCUGAUUCCCGAUGGAGGUCAGCCAUGGAUUAUGAACGCAAGUCUCACGAUGAAAAUAAAAAACCCAAAAGAAAAAAGAAAAAAGAAGGAGAAGUGGAAUCGCAAUCUGAGACUAAAGAUCCUGCGGACGAUGGGUCCUCGAUCAUUGUCGGAGGACUUAUAGGAGGAAUGUUUCUGUUUAUGGCGAUUGGGACUGUGUUUUAUCGCAUUUGGAGAAAUUGUAGGAAGAGAGCCGGACGAGAUCGAGGUGAUCUUGAACGAGGUCGGUUAUCAGCCUCGAACCAGGCCAUCGCGGAGGACGGAGAUGAAGAUAUCAUCUUUGAAAGAAAACCUAGAGAAAGGAAAGAGAAAAACAAGAAGGAAGAUGAAGGAGAACCCCCAGAUAAAGACAUAGGAUUGAAUUUGGAAGUCUCUCCGCCGCAAUCUCCGCCGCCAAAAGAUACUCACGGCCGAGAAGUACGAGUAAAUAUGGAGCUCUCCGAUUCUUCGCAACCGGCCUCGUUAUCAACCUUGUCUGCACCAUCACUGGGCUCUUCCAUCGGUACGCCGCACUCCACCUCAGCGAGUGGCUGUUCUGUGGAAUAUAUAACCCUCCUCGACUCUCGUAAGGAUUCUGAACUGAAGCCUGGGAUGUCUCAAUCCUCUGGAUCUUCCUCAUCAAGUGAUGCAAAGAUUACAGCUGAAACAGAAAGAGACCUGGCGGCUCCACCUCAAUCGUCCACCAUUUCAGCGGCCUCUCGCCAACUGAGAAACAUCGUUACAAUGGAAACAGGUGGCUCUAACUCCUCCUCUGAGUCGUGCAAGACACCAGUAGCUGCCAGCGAUGACGUCAUCAUCACAAUGGACGAUGACGACGAUUGCAAGGUGCCGUUGUUGUCUUCAGAAAAUGAGGGCUCAUCUGCUGAAGUGAUCUACGUUAGGAACGAUUUGACGACAGAAGGAAAUGAGGACGAUGAUAAAGAGCGGUCAGGUGAUUAAAAUAUAACGAGAACGCUUCAUAAAAAGGCGCAGCUUGACCAGUAGAACUUUGAAUUUCGAAAUCCGAAAGCAAUUAUAUUGGAUGAGACAGUGGACAAAGGACGUGACUUGAAGUGUAUCAAGCGUCGACGCAUAAUCCGUAAAGGUCUCUCACUGCGAUUUCACACACCUUUAUCUGAGGGUGUACCUCUGGCACAGUCAGUCAUUCUACCACGACCUGUUGAUCCAAGGGAAGAGAAAAGAGACAAGGAAAGACUUAAAGUUAUUGAGGAAUUGUCAAGGGAACAUGUCAACCCUUCAUUUGGGGACGUGAUCCAGAUUGUGGCCUCAAUCCUUCGCUCGGUCAAGGUUAGGAGAGGAUUGGAAAAACAAAAUGAUUACAAAAGAAAUUUGAUUGCCUUCGACGCAGACACCUUUGCUAUGAGGAAUAAGAAGCCUUCCACUUUUGAAAUGGAUAUACAGUUUGUCCGGAACGUGAUCUGUGGUCGGUCUUCACUUGACCAUGACGAAAAUCCCCUAACGGGAUGUGAGUGCUCCUACUGUAAAAAGCAACGGAGUAAAACAGGGGGACAACAUUACUCCAAUGUACCAAAGGAUAUCCCCGCAACGGACGAUACCUUCGUAAUUAAUGGAAAAGUCUACACAGUUUUUGUUCCCAAACAAUCUUUUUCCGGAAGUGCAGGCCCUAAAACAAAUACUGGGUCAGAUAAUGCACGAAAUUAAUAAAGUAACUUAUCUCAGUUUCGUAUCAGUCUAUAAGUUUGCAUCCUAACGAGAGAAAAAUAAGAAAAUUCACUUUGUCUAAUGCAAAGCGCAUGAAAAUCUUGACCUCGAAGGCUCAGUCAGUUUUUGCUUGUUAUCUUCUUGAUUUGCGUUAUGUGAACUCGUGCCAGCGAGCAUGUUCACAUAAAUCAAUUUUCAAUUUCGUUUCGGAAGAAAUACGGUAUUGCAUUGGUUUUACCGUUUUCAAACAAUGC